AUGCAGCUUAAAAUAAUGCCGAGAAAGAAGCGCUUAUCUGCAGGCAGAGUGCCCCUGAUUCUCUUCCUGUGCCAGAUGAUUAGUGCACUGGAAGUACCUCUUGAUCCAAAACUUCUUGAAGACUUGGUACAACCUCCAACCAUCACGCAACAAUCUCCAAAAGAUUACAUUAUUGACCCUCGGGAGAAUAUUGUAAUCCAGUGUGAGGCCAAAGGGAAGCCUCCUCCAAGCUUUUCCUGGACCCGUAAUGGGACUCAUUUUGACAUAGACAAAGACCCUCUGGUCACCAUGAAGCCUGGCUCAGGGACACUGGUCAUCAACAUCAUGAGCGAAGGGAAGGCUGAGACGUAUGAAGGAGUCUAUCAGUGUACAGCGAGGAACGAACGCGGGGCUGCGAUUUCUAAUAACAUCGUCGUCCGCCCUUCUAGGUCACCACUGUGGACCAAAGAAAAACUUGAACCAAUAACACUUAGAAAUGGUCAAUCUUUAGUACUUCCCUGCAGACCCCCAAUUGGAUUACCACCACCUAUAAUAUUUUGGAUGGAUAAUUCCUUUCAAAGACUUCCACAGAGUGAGAGGGUUUCUCAAGGUCUGAAUGGGGACCUUUAUUUUUCCAAUGUCCUCCCAGAGGACACCCGGGAAGACUACAUCUGUUACGCCAGAUUUAAUCAUACUCAAACCAUACAACAGAAGCAACCAAUUUCUGUAAAAGUGAUUUCAGUGGAUGAAUUGAAUGACACUAUAGCUGCUAAUUUGAGUGACACUGAGUUUUAUAGUGCUAAAUCAAGUAGAGAGAGGCCACCAACUUUUUUAACUCCAGAAGGCAAUGCAAGUAACAAAGAGGAAUUAAGAGGAAAUGUGCUUUCACUAGAGUGCAUUGCAGAAGGAUUGCCUACCCCAAUUAUUCACUGGAUAAAAGAAGAUGGAACACUACCUGUCAACCGGAUGUCUUAUAAGAACUUUAAGAAAACUUUGCAGAUCACUCAUGUUUCAGAAGCAGACUCUGGAAAUUACCAGUGUAUAGCAAAAAAUGCAUUAGGAGCCAUCCAUCAUACCAUUUCUGUUACAGUUAAAGCGGCUCCAUACUGGAUCAUGGCACCUCAAAAUCUUGUGCUGUCCCCUGGAGAGGAUGGGACCCUCAUCUGCAGAGCUAAUGGCAAUCCCAAACCCAGAAUUAGCUGGUUAACAAAUGGAGUCCCAGUAGAAAUUUCCCCUGAAGACCCCAGCAGAAAAAUAGAUGGCGAUACCAUUAUUUUUUCAAAUGUUCAAGAAAGGUCAAGCGCAGUCUAUCAGUGCAAUGCCUCUAAUGAAUAUGGAUAUUUACUGGCAAACGCAUUCAUCAACGUGUUGGCGGAGCCACCACGAAUCCUCACACCUACAAAUACACUCUACCAGGUCAUUGCAAACAGGCCUGCUUUGCUAGACUGUGCCUUCUUUGGGUCUCCUCUCCCGACCAUAGAGUGGUUUAAAGGAACUAAAGGAAGCGCUCUUCGUGAAGAUAUUUAUAUUUUACAUGAAAAUGGAACUUUAGAAAUUCCUGUGGCCCAAAAGGACAGUACGGGAACUUAUACGUGUGUUGCAAGGAAUAAAUUAGGGAUGGCAAAGAAUGAAGUUCACUUAGAAAUCAAAGAUCCAACAAGGAUCAUUAAACAGCCUGAAUAUGCAGUUGUGCAAAGAGGGAGCACAGUGUCCUUUGAGUGCAAAGUGAAACAUGAUCAUACUUUAACCCUCACCGUCACAUGGCUGAAGGACAACGGUGAGCUGCCUGAUGAUGACAGGUUCACUAUCGAAAAAGAUCAUUUGGUGAUAGCAGAUGUCACUGAUGAUGACAGUGGGACCUACACGUGUGUGGCCAACACCACUCUGGACAAUGUUUCUGCCAGUGCUGUGCUAAGCGUUGUUGCUCCUACUCCAACUCCAGCUCCCGUUUACGAUGUCCCGAAUCCUCCUUUUGAUUUAGAAUUGACAAAUCAACUUGACAAAAGUGUUCAGCUGUCAUGGACCCCAGGCGAUGACAACAAUAGUCCCAUUACAAAAUUCAUCAUUGAAUAUGAAGAUACAAUGCAUGGGGCAGGGGUGUGGCACCACCACACUGAAGUUCCCGGAACGCAGACCACAGCCCAGCUGAAGCUGUCUCCAAAAGUUUUCCACUCUUUGCAAAAGACAAAAGCUUACACGUGUGUGGCUGCUUUACUUCUAGAGCCAGAUAAAAACCCCACGGCUGUGGAAGGACUAGGAACAGAGCCUGAUAAUUUGGUGAUUACCUGGAAGCCCUUGAAUGGUUUUGAAUCUAAUGGGCCAGGACUUCAGUACAAAGUCAGCUGGCGUCAGAAGGAUGGUGAUGAUGAAUGGACAUCUGUGGUUGUGGCAAAUGUAUCCAAAUAUAUUGUCUCAGGCACACCAACCUUUGUCCCAUACCUGAUCAAAGUGCAGGCCCUGAAUGACGUGGGGUUUGCCCCUGAGCCAGCUGUCGUCAUGGGACAUUCGGGAGAAGACCUCCCCAUGGUGGCUCCAGGGAAUGUGCAUGUGAGUGUAGUGAACAGCACCUUAGCUGAGGUACACUGGGACCCUGUUCCUCUGAAGAGUAUCCGAGGACAUCUGCAAGGCUAUCGGAUUUACUACUGGAAGACACAGAGUUCAUCUAAAAGAAACAGACGUCACAUUGAGAAAAAGAUCCUCACCUUCCAAGGCAGCAAGACGCAUGGCAUGUUGCCCGGCCUAGAGCCUUUCAGCCACUACACACUGAACGUCCGCGUGGUCAACGGGAAAGGAGAGGGCCCAGCCAGCGCCGACAGUGUCUUUAAUACUCCAGAAGGAGUCCCCAGUGCUCCUAAGUCUUUGAAGAUUGUUAAUCCUACGCUGGAUUCUCUCACUUUGGAAUGGGAUCCACCGAGCCAUCCGAAUGGCAUUUUGACUGAGUACACCCUAAAAUAUCAGCCAAUUAACAGUACACAUGAAUUAGGACCUCUGGUAGAUUUAAAAAUUCCUGCCAACAAGACACGCUGGACUUUAAAAAAUUUAAAUUUCAGCACUCGGUAUAAGUUUUAUUUCUAUGCACAAACAUCAGCAGGAUCAGGAAGUCAAAUCACAGAGGAAGCAGUAACCACAGUGGACGAAGCUGGCUUGGCACCUCCAGGCAUUGUGGCGGGCACCUCCAUGGCGAGCCGGCAGGUGGACAUCGCGACACAGGGCUGGUUCAUUGGCCUCAUGUGCGCUGUCGCUCUCCUCAUCUUGAUUUUGCUGAUUGUUUGCUUUAUCAGAAGAAACAAGGGUGGUAAAUAUCCAGUUAAAGAAAAGGAAGACGCCCGUGCUGACCCUGAGAUCCAGCCCAUGAAGGAAGAUGAUGGAACUUUUGGAGAAUACAGUGACGCAGAAGACCACAAGCCUUUGAAAAAGGGAAGUCGAACUCCUUCAGAUAGGACUGUGAAAAAAGAAGACAGUGACGACAGCCUAGUUGACUAUGGAGAAGGGGUUAAUGGCCAGUUCAAUGAAGACGGCUCCUUUAUCGGACAGUACAGUGGUAAGAAAGAGAAAGAACCAGCUGAAGGAAAUGAAAGCUCAGAGGCACCUUCUCCUGUCAACGCCAUGAAUUCCUUUGUUUAA